AUGCUUCGUUUGAUCAGGACUAGACUGAGUGCCAGCUGGUGGAGGCAACUUUGGGCACAAGCUCUGGCUACGCCCCACUUCAGGCUGACAUCACCUCCAUACUAUAUAACACAUCAAAAAGGGAGAUACUCAAGUCAAGCGAACAAGGAAUCCACAUCCUUUGUCAUGAACCUGUUCAACGGGCAGUUUGUACCUGACAAUGUUUUUCCUUUCCCCUCAGUGCUCUCAAUGGAGCAGACGCAGUCCCUGCAAGCCCUGGUAGAUCCCUGCACCCGCUUCUUUGAGGAGGUUAAUGAUCCUGCGGAGAACGAGAAGCUGGAGAGCAUUGAGAAGGCCACCCUGGCAGGGCUGAAGGAGAUGGGAGCCUUUGGGCUGCAGGUGCCGGAGGAGCUGGGGGGAAUUGGGCUGACGAACACCCAGUAUGCUCGGGUUGUGGAGGUGGUUGGAGUGCAUGACCUUGGUGUGGGCAUAAGCCUCGGUGCUCACCAGUCAAUCGGCUUUAAGGGAAUCCUGCUCUUUGGGACCCAGAGUCAGAAGGAGAAAUACCUGCCCAAGCUAGCAUCUGGAGAGACCAUGGCUGCCUUCUGCCUGACGGAGCCAUCUAGUGGCUCAGACGCGGCAUCUAUUAAAACCGUCGCCGAGCUCAGUGAGUGUGGGAAAUUCUACACGCUGAACGGCGGGAAAAUAUGGAUCAGUAAUGGAGGGACAGCUGAGAUCUUCACAGUGUUCGCCAAGACCCCGGUAAAGGAGCCAACAGGUGAAGUGAAGGACAAAAUCUCAGCCUUCAUUGUGGAGAGAGCGUUUGGGGGAGUGACCAGUGGCCCCCCGGAGAAGAAGAUGGGGAUCAAGUGUUCCAAUACAGCUGAAGUGCACUUUGAUAACGUGAAGGUGCCAGCAGAAAAUCUGCUUGGGGAGCUCGGAAAAGGCUUCAUGGUCGCCAUGAACAUACUGAACAACGGGCGCUUUGGGAUGGCCUCUGCCCUUUCAGGCACCAUGCGUGGAGUGAUCGUCAAAGCUGUUGAUCAUGCUGCUAAUCGUAAGCAGUUUGGAGACAAGAUCAGCAACUAUGGGGCUAUUCAGGAGAAGAUUGCACGGAUGGCCAUGCUGCACUAUGUUACCGAGUCGAUGGCCUACGUGGUGAGCGCCAACAUGGACAUGAAGGUGCCCGAUUACAAGCUCGAAGCUUCAAUCAGCAAGAUUUUUGCCUCGGAAGCAGCCUGGUACGUCACAGACGAGUGCAUCCAGGUCCUUGGAGGAAUGGGAUACAUGCAGGAAACUGGUGUCGAAAGAGUCUUGAGGGACCUGAGGAUUUUCCGCAUUUUCGAGGGCACCAAUGAUAUCCUUCGCUUGUUUGUGGCACUGACGGGCAUUGAGUAUGCUGGGGUCCAGUUAAAGAAUCUGCGAACAACUAUCAUGAAUCCAUCCGGGAAAACUGAGACCAUCCUAAAAGAUAUCGGGAUGAGAGCAAAGCGUAAAGUUGGGAUUCCCACUGGCUUGUCUCUGGAGGGAAUCGUUCACCCAGGCCUGGACAACAGUGCACACCUGGUGACGAAGGCCAUUGACCUGUUUGGUGAAGCUGUUGAGAGCCUCCUGCUGAAGUAUGGCGAGAAGGUGAUAGACGAACAGUUUCAUCUGAAACGCGUGGCCGACGCUGCCAUUGACAUCUAUGCCAUGGCUGUGGUGAUCUCCAGGGCCAGCCGCUCUCUGUCUCUGGGACAACCCACCGCUGAGCACGAGAAGCUCUUGUGUCAAACGUGGAGCCACGAGGCAUUUGAGCGAGUGAGAGAGAAUCUCCGAGCAGUGAAAUCUUCUACAUGGAAUCAGUCCUUUGCUAACAUGAAGCUAAUAUCUAAUGCUGUUGUACAGAACCAAGGGAUCCUAGCCGCGCACCCUCUGGGCUUCUGA